AUGUUAGCUGCCGAGGCUGCUGCUUACGAAAUUAUGGAGUUGGAAGAUGAUUAUGAAGGGUUAAAUUUAGAAUUAAUGGGUGACUGGUGGGUAAAGGUGACAGUUAUGAUCGAUGACUACCAUACCAUGGGAGAUCCCUGUUUUCAGUUACAUUUUAGGAUGACAAGAUCUGUCUUUGAGAUCCUUGUAACCACUGUCAAAAACUUUCUCAUUGAAAAGAAUAAGCUGCAAAGAGAAAGAACUCCUUUCCAAGACAUUAUGCUCAUGGUGGUAUGGUUGUUGGCAACGCCAGACUCCUUUCGAAGUGUUUCCCUGAAAUUUGGAGUGAACCCUGGUUCUCUGUACUAUUUUUACUUUUAUGUCAUUUGGGCUUUGCGGAAACCUGCUCCCCAAUAUAUUAGUUGGCCAGAUGCUGAUGAGAGGAGGUCGAUCAGCAAUACAUUUGAAAGAGCUACUGGUUUUCCAGGCAUUAUUGGUUCUAUUGAUGGGACGCAUGUUAAUGUCACUGCUCCCUUAAAGGAUGCUGCUCAGUACAAAAAUCGUCAUGAUAGUUAUAGUAUAAACGUGCAAGCAGUUGUUGACAGCACUCUGCUGGUGAGGCACUUACAUGUAGGGGAGGUGGGGAGCAUGCACGAUAGUCGAGUAUUUAGAAGAAGCCCUCUGUUGAAGGAUCUGGUAAUGGGGCAACCAGGCCAGUUUAUUUCUGACGAUGAGCACAUUGAUGGAGACGGCGCAUACACUCAGAGCGAGUUUAUGAUGGUUCCGUUUCGAAACAAUGGCCACCUGACUGCAGCUCAAUUGAACUACAACAAAAAACUAUCACAGAGCCGGGUGAGAGUAGAAAAUGCCUUUGCCCGUGCCAAAGGGAAGUGGAGGAGACUUAAAUUCCUGCAUGCAAGGAAACAGGAGGUGGUUAUCGACCACAUAACUGCAUCUUUUGUACUGCAUAAUUUUACAAUUCUGCAUGGAGAACCUUUAAUAGAUGAAGAAGAACUGGGAAGGCCUGUUCGUGUAAACGAAAUUCUGGGUCGUGAGCCUUUUAUUGAAGAAGAAGAGGAGGAUGAAGAGUUUGAGCAGGAAGAAGAUCCAGAACUAUUGGAAAGGAUGGAAGCUGCUAAUGCCAGAGGUUUGGAGAAGAGAAUCUUGUUUAUGGAUCAUGUCCUUGUUCAGUAA